AUGAUUUCCUUCUCUUUCUUUUUUUUUCUCAAAACCCACUUUAUUUUUUUUUUUUGGACGUUUUUUUCUUUAUUUUUCUUUUCUCUUUCUUCCAUAUUACUUCUCUCUUUCGUUCAAACUCCCUCUUUAACUUCGCUUUCUGUUUUACCCCUCUCUGUUUAUAUCAGUCUGUCUGUCUGUCUGUCUGUCUAUCUAUCUAUCUAUCUAUCUAUCUCUCUCUCUCUCUCUAUAUAUAUAUAUAUAGAUAUAUAUGUUCAUAUCUAUCUCAACCUAUAUCUCAUUCUGUUCAUAUGUAUCUAUCUCAAUCUGUUCAUAUCUGUCUAUCUAUCUAUCUAUAUGUUUCAUGUCUAUCUAUAUACUAUCUAUAUGUUCAUAUGUCUCUAUCUGUCUAAAACUGUUUAUCUAUCUAUCUAUCUAUCUAUCUAUCUAUCUAUCUAUCUGGAGAUGUUCUGUAUCUAUCUCUCUCUCUCUAUCUAUCUAUCUAUCUAUCUAUCUGGGGAUGUUCUGCAUCUAUCUAUCUAUCUGGAGAUAUUCUGUAUCUAUCUAUCUAUCUAUCUAUCUAUCUAUCUAUCUAUCUAUCUAUCUAUCUAUCUCGAGAUUUAUUCGACAUCUAUCUAUCUAUCUAUCUAUCUAUCUAUCUAUCUAUCUAUCUAUCUCAGUCUGUUCAUACAUAUCUGUCUAUCUAUCUGUUCUAAAAGGUCAUCUAUCUAUCUAUCUAUCUAUCUAUCUAUCUAUCUAUAUAUAUCAUAUCUAUCUAGUCUGUUCAUAUUUAUCUAUCUAUCUAUCUAUCUAUAUUUCAUCCUAUUCAUCUAUCUAUCUGAUUCUAUCUAUCUGUUCAUCAAUUUAUUUAAAUAUCUAUCUAUAUCUAUCUAUCUAUCUAUUUCAUUUUUUUUUCAUCUAUCUAUUUCAUCUGUUUCUUAUCUAAUAAUUCAUCAUCUUAUCUAUCUUUCAUCUAUCUAUCUUUUAUCUAAAAAGUUUAUUCACAUCUAUCUAUCUAUCUAUUUAUCUAUCUCAGUUUAUUCACAUCUAUCUAUCUAUCUAUCUAUCUAUCUAUCUAUCUAUCUAUCUAUCAUAAGACGUUUUGAUUCUAUAAAAAAUGUUUAUUUACUCUUUCCAGCCUUUGUUCUUUCUCUCAGGACAUUAGACAUCCAUCAUUUGCCAUUUCCUUCUUUCUCAUUUCCUCUUCUUUCUUUCUUUCUUUCUUUCUUUCUUUGUAGUUUCUUAUUCUUUCAUUUUUUUUUCUUUCUUUACUGUUCGAUCUUUCUUUCUUUCAUUUUUGAUCUCUCUUUUUUCUUUCUUUCUUUCUUUUUCUUUCUUUCUUUUUCUUUCUGUCUUUCUUUCUUUCUUCAACUUCAUCUUUUUCUACUGAUUCUAUAUUUCUUUCUUUCUUUCUUUCUUUCUUUUUCAUUCAUUCAUUCUUUCUGUCAUUCAUUCCUUCAUUUUCGUUCUUUCGGUUUUUCAUUCAUUCAUUCUUUUCAUUUGUCCCACCAGAUGAAGUAA